AUGAGUUUUAAUAAUAACGGAAAUAACAGUGGUAAUAAUGGAGUAAAUUUACCAAAGAAUUCAAGAUUCAAUAACUCACCAACUGGUGGUGAUGUCAACUCGCCAACCGGUGGUGGCUACUCUGUGCCAACUCCAGGAAGAUUUCAUAUGAGAGGAUCAAAGAAAUACGCCAGAGCUGGACACUUUAAUGCACCAAUCGAUCACAACAUGCUUCAGCAACAACAGCAACAACAACCAAACACAUUCCAACAGCCAAUCAUCACUUCACCCAACUUGAUGGCUGGUGGUUCCGUCGACCAGUUGCAACAGCCAUCACAGCUGACACACCAACAGAUCGGAUCGCCAUCGCCACACCACCAACACCACCCACACCCAAUGCAACAACAGAACUACUUUAACAACCAGUACCAGUCACCACAAGGUAAACCAUUUGGAGGUGGUGGCAGAGGUGGAAACUCCUCUUCACACUACUUUGGAGGUGGUGGUAGAGGUGGUGGACACAUGCGUGGCGGUGGUCGUGGUGCUCCAAGAGGUCGUGGAAGAGGUGGAUACCGUGGUGGACACUCUUACUUUGGAAGCCAAUCAUACCACCAGGGUGGAUAUGGCCAGAAAAUGUUGAGAACCAACGUAAACAUCCCUGCAUUCAGUGGUGGUGCCAUCAUUGGUGUCAAAGGUUCACUCUGGGGACUCAUCAACAAGGCAACCAACGCCAGAAUCAAGAUCAUCAAAACAUCUGCCAUCAUUAAGUGUCCAGAUGCUCAACAACUUGAUAGAGCAAAAGAAAUUGUUUUAAAGUUAAAGAAUACUGCUGCUAAAUAUUUAUCAUUAAUUGAUUAUAAAGGAGAACAAAAGUUAAAGUUUGUCGAGCAGCCAAACUAUUCAGUUGUGGUUUUGGACAACAAGACAGCAACCGAUGAAAAUACAGAUAUUCAAGAUGUCGCAAGGACUCACGAGCCACAGUUUGCCAGUCGUUUCAAUGAGAUCUUUAGCACAUUAUCCAUCGAUAAAGCAACUCAAAUCCCAUAUGUAGAUAUAAAGACUGGCAAGAUAUGGUUUAUCAAAUGCGCUGACAUUCCAUCAGCCGCAAUGUCCGCCGACAAGUAUGAACUCUACACCGAGUCACUCGACAGCGUUUUCCAGAGCAGUUCAUGUAUCAAUGAGCAAUUUGUACAUCAACACACGCUCUUUAAAGAAAAGAAGCCCUAUGUCUUGGUUACCAUGUUGGAUACCGAGUCGUUGGACAUCAUCACAGUCAAGUGUUUCGAAGAAAAAGUUGUCUCUCCAGCGUCUCCCACCGCCAAUUCCUCAGCGACUCCAUCAUCAUCCACCAGCACCACCAGCACCACUGCCGCCAGUGGCAAUCAAACAGUUGAAUAUCGUUUCAUCAAUCCAUCUAUUUACAAACAAACUCACCACAUCAAUGCCAAAGUUUUAUUCCCACAAACACGUCAAGGUCACUUUGACUUGAGAGUAUCAAUCGAUACCGUUUCCAAAUUGCCGCUUGAUUCCCACCACGAAAAUUUGCGACAAUUCAUUACAUCCAUUAAGAUCAGCAAGAAUGCUAAUGGAAACAACAAUUACUCUAUACCUGAAUCCAACCUCUUUAUUGUAGAAUCUUUGAUUAUCCAAAAAGUUUCUAUCUAUCGCAAUGAACAAAAAACCUUACAGUUCCAUCUGUUGGAGGACAACGUCACUCGUUUGACCACUUCAUCGCCAGAGUACAACAGACCAACCAACUCUAUUCUCUGUACCUCCCCAUCACUCUAUGAUAUGUUUAAAUCUAAAAACUGGUCAAUCGAACAAGUCCUCGAGGAAGUGAAAUCAUUGGCAAAGAACGUUAGAAUCCUCAUUUCACAACAAGAUACGGGCAAACUUCAAACUCCCCCCGCCGUUCAGAGUGAUUUUGAGCCAAUGAAUGUUGAUGAUGACGAUGAAGAAGAAGACUCAAACAACCAAUAG